GCGCGCAGGCUCGCGUACAUAUACCGUUCUUCUUUCCCCGUUUCCUUCUUUCUUUCUCCUGUCCAUCGCGCGCGGCCAUUCUCUCUCUCUCUCUCUCUCUUUCUUUCUUCCUUCCUCUCUCUCCUCUCCCUUUCUCUAUCCCUCUCUAUCCCCCUCGCUGCAACGUCGGGCGCGCGCACCAUCGUUCGCUACGCACGCUCCGUAUUCUUCGCGAACGUACGUACGUAACGACGGCCGUACGUGCGUGCGUGCGUGCGUGAGAGCGCGCGCGCGCGCGUGCGCGCGGGCGUGUGUGUGUGUGUGCUGUCGAUCUGUCUGUGCGGGCAUCGUCGUUCGGGACACGACGCGCAGGUACAAACAUAAGCGUGUUCCGCGGGCUCGAUUUGUAAUACAUCCACCCUCGGCGCGACUCACCUUUUUCUGCGCGUUUUCCAGGUCGCCUCGCGAGCGAGCGAGCGAGCGAGCGCGCGUGUGUGUGGUUUCUCUUUUUUUAUGCAUGACUACUCGCGCGCACAGGGGCGUCGGGCAGCAGCAGCGGCAGACACGACAGGUACAAACACGGAGGAGGACAUCGCAUCGUCAUCAUCAUCGUCGGCUGUCGCGCCACGUCGCCUCGACUAACGGAGUGCCUGCGCGCGUCUAGCGUAGUACGACGUGCGCGCCUUCGCGGAGAGAAAGGAAGAGAAAGAGAGAGAGAGAGAGAGAGAGCGCCAAAAAGUAAUCCCCGUGGGACACGUCCGUUUCAGCAGGUCUUUUCGAACAAGUGCGUGAGGCGUCGGUGAUAUCGCGCGAAGGUGGCGGCAGCGACGACGAGGAUUCGCGCGCGAUUCGAGUCGCGCGACCCAUAUACACGGUGACACGGUGACACGGGCGAAAGUGACCGGGGUGGACGAGACUGGGCAGCGUGGUGCGCACAGUCCCGUGGGAAAAGAGCGGGAAAAUCGAGUGGUGCGGCCGGUGUUGUUGCCCAUCCAACUUGUGCACGCGACAUCUGACAAGAGCGUCGUAGUAAAAGCCGCGCCAGUGUGCGAGCGAGCGAAACGAUCGAACGAGUGGAGUGCGCGGAGUGUAGUCGCGGAGCGUUGCGAAAUUCCUCGUCGGGUCUGGCCUGAAACGUGGCACGAAAUGAAGCGAGCGUAUCCGCGCACGAUCGAUAACUAUAGCGGCAGUAUAGUCGACUCGGUAAAUAGCAAGCGGCCCGUCGUGCUACCAAGCAAUCUAACCUAACGGACGCGUGACCUCCAGGAACGGCGGAUAGGUAGGUGUAGGCAGGCAGGCAGGCAGCUCGCCACCGAACCCCGGCUCGUUCGACGACCACGACGACGAUGUAGAGAGAAAGUCACGCGGCGUUUUUGUGCGCAACGGAGAAAAGGAGAGUCCGUCGGCAGGAGAAGACACACACACACACACACACGGCGAGAGAGAGGCACACCGGGCAGAAACGAAGGAGGAAGAGAGGAGGGGGAGGAAGAGAAGUAACGAGUAGGAGUGCGUACGAGAAUGCGACGCUCGGGAUCGCGAGUGGAAAGCGAUUUUCCACGAUCGCAUCGUCGUUAAUAGAGCGUCGAUGACUCGGUGAGCGUGUCUCUCUCGGAUCGAUCGGUCCGACCAACGAUCGAUCUAGCGCGCCACAACCGUUCCGUCCGUCCGUCCGUCCAUUCCCUUUUACCUGAGGAGAGAAGAUUCCUUGGAACGAGCGAGACUGAAAGGCGGAGCGUUCGGAGAGCGGAACGCGGACGGAGAGGAUAAAGAGCGAAAGGGAGAGACAAACGGAAGAAGGGCGAAGGAGAAAAAACGAGAGUCACGAGAAAGGGAGAGAGAGAGAGAGAAAGAGCGAGGGACAGUGAAGAGGAGACAGUGGGAAAGAGAGAGAAGAUACCUUAUUUUUAGCAGCGCCGUUUUACGCAUUACAAAAACCGGUUCCCGGAGAACACGCCGUCCGAGUACGAAGGGAACCGAUAGCCUCCGCGAGAAGGGUUUUCGAGGGAGGAAGAUAUAAUACGUAUACAGAUAAUAAAGGCGCGACGCGUUCGUCCUUGUCGCGGUGGAAGCAGGGAUAGGCGGAGGGCAGCCGAGAGGGAAAGAUAAAUAUAUAUAUUAAUAUCGCCGCGCGCAAAAAUCCACUCGAGCGCGUCCUGAGGAACGGGGACGAGGAUACGCGACGAGAAGCCGGGAAUUAGAUGAGACGAAAAGUGAGCGCCCACUAAAGAUCACCAUUUUCGAGGCUUCACACGCAUACACACACAUACAUAUAUACACGCAGGUGUAGAGAAAGAGGAACGGGAAAGAAACAGUGACACGGAACGUGGAAUCCACCUAACCUGAUACACCCGAUUCUUCUCCACCCCGCCGCAUCUUGCCCGCCCUCUCUCAGCCCCCGUCGUCGGCUGCAACCACCUCUUGCGCGCCUUUUCGCUCUCUCGAGGCUCGGCUAUCGAUUGCAUGCGUGUGUACGCGACAACGCGGCCACGAGAUUCGAUUAUCGACCGCGACGACGACGACGCGCCACGUGACUUCGGAAUCAAAGGAACGACCUGACACCGGCUGGUACCGUCGAAACCGCGCCGGAUUUCCGGUCAGAGUCAAGGACACCCGCGCGGCGAGUCAACGAGAUAUUACGAGGAUCGAUUCUCUGAUCGAGGCAUCGGGAACUGAGGAUCGGCCGUUCAGCUUGAGCGCGCUUCGACGGCCGGUCGAUACAGGCGGUCGAUAUCGUGUCGAUACAAACAUACACACACACCAUGCUAGUCUGCGAUAAUUCGAGGAAACUUGCUCGAGAAAAUUAACGAAGAAUCGACAUUUGAUUUCCUCCUCGACGAGGCAAUUAAACGGGGAGCAUCGAUCGAUAGCCGACACGGUGCUCCAGUCGAGCCGCGCCGAUGCUCGGAGCGCUACGUUUCCGGUCACACCGUCACACAGACCGCACCGAUGAAAUUGAAUCGGCGUGUAAUCAAUUGAUCCCUCCGAGACGCUCCGAGUCGUUUAUCGGCCUACGCGCAGUCUCCGUGGAUCCCCGUCCGCUUAUCGCCGUGAGCGACACCGCGGCGAUCAUUAACGUCAUCGAAGGGAUCGAAAUCGAGCCGGGACGAGUCGUAACGACGACGUUGUCUCGUCUUGUCGUCGCAGCUGUUCCCGCGACUUAUCGAUCCGCGAUCUGCGACGAGGGAGUACCGUUGAAAGCCUCCGAUCUCACAGUCGGCUCGAUCCACCGCGCAGGAUCGGUCCCCGCGGUGACGGACGACGACGAUGUGAGGAGGGCGGAGGAGAGCGCGUCCCGCUGAGAUACGACGAACGGCAUGAAGAAUGGCAACCGAUCCGAGCAUUCGUCAGGGCGUGAGGGCGGUCGCGACCACGACUACCGAUCCGCAGCGGAGCGAGAAACGCGCCGUCGCGGCGCGAGGCGCCGCUGGCGCGUUGGCCCUGAGCGUCGUGGCUCUGGUGGUACAGGCGGCGGCGACCGCGACUCCCACCUGGGGAUACUACACCAAUCCUGACGCUGGCACUGCCGCGGAGAAGGGUUACUUCGGACCAUGGAGACAAUGCAAACUCCUGCUUUACGGACGAGAGUGGUGCGGCCAAAACGUCUCCAGGUUUCAACCAGUGUUGGCUGUGUGGGUGGCGGGAUUAGCCGCUGCCGGCGCCUCCGCCCUUUUGGCGAUUCUGGUCGCCCUGGCUGUGCUUCAAUUAGCGAUGGCUUCCUCCGCAAAGCGAGUUGUAAUUUCGUACAGCACCGCCGUAAUAGGCAAAGUCGCCCUGGCAACGUUAGCGACUGCGCUGGCAAUCGUGGCGGAGAGCCUCUUCGCUCUACAAACGGAUGACCGAGCCAAUAGCUACGCCGUCACGAGAGGAGAAGCUUUUUACAUGCAGUUGGCUGCCAUCGUCCUGAACUUCGGCGUGCUGGUGUCCGCCAUUUACGAGGGCAUUUAUGCCCGAAGAGGCGGCGACCCGACCAAGAUUAGGGUCGUCACGGAUCCCCGUGCAGCCACUAUAAAUAAUCCAGGAUAUCGGGAGCAUCACCAACCCACGAACGGUGGUACGAUCUCGAUGACAGACGCCAGCGGCAAGCCCUACGUCGGAGGGGCCGGAAACGGAUCGAUGGCGUCGGUGGCAACUUCCGGCAGCGUGGCCAGCACGGCCUCGCCCCUCAGGAGCUCCCUGAAGAAGCCGAAACCCCUCGGCAUUCAUAAUCCCGGCUUCUCGGCGCACAGCCCGACUCUGUCCAGGAACGGCUCCCAGAAGAAAGUGCGUAUACAGACACACUCGACGGAGGUUUAGCGACGCUCUGCCUCACAGUCUGCCUACGUGACUGUGGCCAGGCGUGCACGGUGAGGACGACGGUGUCGCCGAUUACCUCGUCGGCGAUCGUCUGAGCGAGAUCGACGACGACGACUACGAUGUUGAGUCGCCGGAGCGACAAGGACGUUCGGUUCGAAGUCCGUUCCACGUGGCGCGCUUCGUUAAUGGUAGGUGGUCUUCAAUACCGUAGCAUUUUGUCGGAAGCGCGAUCGACCCGGCGAAGGAAGGGUGGUCCGUCGGCAACCGACAACUCCGCUUGUACUUGGACGACGUUGUUUGCAAUGCCGAUGACGGGGCCGCUAAUGAAUUCCGAGGGUAUCACCCGUGAGCUUGGAAUAACAUUAGUUGCGAGACACGAUAAGGGAGUGUAAAUAACAUCGAUCCGCCCAACGGGUCCGGGCUGUUCGCCGGGACUCCAGGGAACUACCUGAGUAAUAUAUCGAACGAAUUUACGUGAGACGCGCGAUCGAUUAAGACGACUAUGUUGUAAAGUAUUAGGUCAUACUUUCCUUCGAUUUUUCUACGAUACCUUUACACGAUGUACACCCGUGAGAGAAUCAGCAAGGAACGGCUGGUGGACUAUAAAGGUACUGGCGGGAGAAUAGAAUGGUGACUGUGAGUGGAAAUGAAGGGAGAGAGGAAGAGAGAUGUAUAACCGUAAGACAUUGAGAAAAUAUCGAGUCGCGAUCGAAAUCUAUAAAAACACACUAGAUAAAGCUCCCACUGUAAUUGUAAGUUUCAAUAAUCGCCGAAUAAUAAAUUUACCAGUCAUCUCCGCUGAAUCUGCAGUGAGAGCGGAGUUCGGGUGAUUUUCAAGAAGGGGAUGUAUGAGGUGAAAAUGAAUUUGUAAAAUUCUAUCGUAUAUUCAGCUAAAGAAAACGAAUUUGGGAGAUGAAGAACGCGUAUUAUUUCAUGACUUUGCGAUCUGGUACACACACGUCAUUCCGUUCUCCCGUCUUGUUAGUACACCGUCAUCUGCGCGCCAAACUAAAGAACUGAUAACAAACGAAAAAUAGACUUGUGGCGAUCGUCGAGAAUUCUUGCUUUCCCCGUGAAAGUCCGCACGCGAAAGGGUACGAGCGAUGCAAAAUUUAUCACGCGCACGGUUUACAAAGCACGAUCACCAGUCUGCUCUUGAUCUUUUAUUUUGCAUCCUUUAUUCACUUAUUGCUCGCAUCGAGGGAUGCGUUAGCCACGUGUCGGGAGUUUUUAAGCGGGAUCAGGUUUCCAACGUAAUGUCUCUCGCAACGACGCGGAAGAUACAAAAGAGAAAAGAAAUUUGGGAAAAAACAAUCUCGUUUGCGAUGUAACGCGCGAUGAUUUCAUUUCAGUCGCGUCCGGUCGGAGAAGCGUUUAAUCGCGCAGCCGUAUUCAAUCCCCGAUAAAUGACCCUUGCUGUUAUCAUUCAAUUAAGCACGUUAUUCAGUGUCAAAGUUUAAUUAAGCCGGAAAGUUUGCAGCACGAUCCCUUCGUUUGUUGUUACACGCAGAGUCAAUAUGACUAUUACAGCUAUACAUUCCCGCCGUUAUUAGGUGUCGUCUGUUUAAUUCUGGAAUUUCCACUGUUAAUAACGAUAUCCACAAGAUAUUUUGGAUCUCUCGAUCGAGAGGUCGCAAGGUAUUAUGCAAUAUGUAUAGAUUUUUACACAGGCACGGCAAUAUACCGUUACCGAAUUUAGUAAACACCGCAAGACUUCUUCGAGCUAUUGUGUAAAUAUCAGUGUUAUAAUAACACAUUAUUAUUAUUAUUAUUAUUGCUAUUAUUAUUAUUAUUAUUAUUGCUGUUGCUGUUGUUAGAACUAUCAAUAAUUUUCCGUCCGAUCAAGUACUUUUUAACGUUUAGUAUUAUCGCUCAUUUUUACCGCGGUAAUAACGUUAAUGUAUAUCGCACUCAUUACGUAGGAAUUAUUGCCCCUUAAAAGUUACACGAUUGAUGAGCAAGUAUCGCAUAAUAUAAUUCGAUCCUUGACGAAGAGACGUUGAUUUUUUAUUAACUAUGAGGAAAAACCGGUCGCACCGAUAUCUACAGUAUUGGUUAAUCAAGAUCAAUUCAGCGCUGUAGCACCGUAUUAUGAAUUGGGCUUUAAUGUAUAGACGGAGUUAUUUAAAUACUUACUUUGAGUUCAAUUAAACUAGCAGUUAUCGGAAGUGCAAAUCGAGAUUUAUAUAUAUAUAUGUGUGCGAAAAUUAUAUAUUAUAAUAAUAGAACAAGUAAAAAUCCCUUCUCCGUAAGGAGAUCGAUCGUUGAUUAUUAUCGUUCGGCAUAACGGGUUGCCGUGAAAAUCGCAGGAUACGUGAUACGUUUUUUCUCCUCGUUUUCCCGUUCUUUUCGUGUUUCCUCGCUUUGCGUUAUUAACUUUAGUAGUAUUCACUCGCCGCUCCUGGUCGCGAGAGAGAGAGAGAGAGAGAGAGAGAAAGGAAGAUGAACUCACAUUAUAGCAUCACAUCCGUCCAGCCCUACGUAGGCAGCUAGCCGUGAAACGGCAAGAGAAAAAAAAAGAUAUAUAUAUACGUGAAUAUAAAUAUAUAAAUAUAUUUAUAUUUUAUAGUGGUUGUUUUA